CCAAAAAUCAGAAUUCACAAUCCUCUUGUGAUAUUUUCAUUUCUCCAUCCACACACACGCAGAGAGAAUCAAUGGCAGCAGUGAAUUGCUGCCUCACAGUGACCUCCGCUUCCGUUCCUUCUUCACAGGAAUCCCCAAAUCCACCACCAUCGCAGCCAAGGCUACCGACGAAGAUCAUACUGCCGGACAAGAAGCCAUUGAAAUGGUCCACCGGCGUUGCUCCAGGUGAUUACGGCGGCCCACCCACCACCACCAAGCUCCGAAAAUACUGGGGCGGUGAUAAGGACCCUCUCGCCACCGACGACUACAUGUGGAACAAAGAUUUCAUGGACCGCAUGAAAAAGCUCAUCCAAGACCCCGAUGAGAAGAACGCCGAAGAACUUCGCUCUGCAUCUGCCAAGGAGAAGCCUUCUGGAUUUCUUAGCUUGAAUAGAGUGAUGAGCCUAGACAAUAUGGAAGUUGACUUGAGUAAACAGCUUACACGAGCCCCGGAAUCGGCAGCUGAACCUCUAAUCGAAGAACAAACUAUUAAGAGCGGUGGUAUAAAAUGGAGACCAGCUCCGACGCGUCGUGAGCUAGAUAAAUGGGAUAGAGCUGCCAAGGCUGCAACUGGAGGCAGUGAUGUCAUGUUUAGGGAAGCAAGACGCCCCAGAGGGGAUCCUGUAGUUUUGGCUGCUGAAUCGAGGGAACAGUAUUAUAAGUUGAAGAAUAAAUUGCAAGCACUCACAGUGAUAAUCGGUGGCGUUGGAGUUGUCUCAGCCUAUUUUACGUAUUCUACGGAAAUUACAUUGAGCUAUUGUGCUGGAUUGGCCGGUUCUUUGGCAUACAUGCGGAUGCUUGGGAACAGUAUCGAUUCCAUGGCAGAUGGAGCAAGAGGGAUUAUCAAGGGUGCAAUUGGGCAGCCAAGGCUAUUGGUCCCUGUUAUGUUGGUGAUGUUGUAUAAUCGAUGGAAUGGGAUUUUAGUUCCAGAAUAUGGAUUGAUGCACCUGGACUUGAUUCCGAUGCUUGUGGGGUUCUUCACAUACAAGAUUGCCACAUUCAUGCAAGCCAUUGAGGAGGCUGUGGAUGUUGUCAGCGGCAAAACCGAAGCUAUUGAGGAGGCUGUGGAUGUUGUUAGCGGCAAAAUCGAAGCUUAAUUAAUUUGACCGACCACCGCCUAAUGCCGCUGUGUUAGUGAAAAAGAUUAUUUAUACGUGUACACAUGAUUCAUUUUCUAUGUAUAAAAUAUGUUGUGAGAUAUUAUUCAAACAACGUUUUCUUCUAACAUGUAAGGUUUAUUUGAGAACACUACUUAUAAAGAUCUUGUUGUCGGUAUACUUCUGUUGCGAGAUGAAGCAGUGUUUUCUGGUUCAACCGGGAACCGUUU